CCAAACACACUCGCAAACGCAACAAUGGGCGGCUUCAAAACCUUGAUGGUGAUCCUCGUCACGCUCUUCAUCCCCCCUCUGGGCGUCUUCUUCGUCGCCGGCUGCGGCAUGGAUCUCCUCAUCAACAUCCUGCUGACGAUUCUGGGCUACCUCCCGGGCCACGUCCACGCCUUCUACGUCGAGUACGUGUACUACAAGCGCAAAGGCGAAGUGCGGGCCGGCGUCGUGGACGCGAAGCCUGCGCCGGGCAUCUACAGCGACAAGGUGCAGCGCGGUGGGCAUAGCAGUCGCGCGGUGGCUAGGAACGCGGACGCGAAUGAGAAUGCUGUUGCGCCUGCCACUGUUUGAGCGGUGAGGUGAACGGGGAUGCCUACGGAGAGUGUGUUUCUUUUUUCUCUCUCUAUCGAUCGGGUGGACAUGGCGGGUAAUGGAUGAGAUUGCUACUGGUGGCUGUGGGUGGAUUGCUGUAAUUGUGUUAUCUGGGUAGUUUUCCUGUGUAUUAUCAAGAUGGUUUAAGGGAAAACAGGCGGUUAAUGGCAGUAUGUUUUGAACUGGGCUUGCUGUUUUCGAUUCUCCGUGCUGCAGUGUCAUAUGCGAUCCUUCUCUUCUUGUUUCCAAUAAUGUACAUUUUGAAUAAUUGUACAAGUAUGAUAUCCAAACCGCACAGCAUGGCCGGCGAUCCCCUCUAAUGAUACAAAUCUCAAUUACCCAACCGUCGCAUUGAGAUAUCUGCGCCUUGUC